UUGUAUCGUAAAGGAUAUUAUUUAUAGGUUUCUUUGUAGGCUUCAAAGUAAUAUAACUGCAAAGUGUUUCUUGGUAAAUAUCCUUUAUAGGUAGAAUUGAUAGUUUAUAAGGAUCUUUAUAAGGAUGUUUCACGUGACAAACGAUUCUUUAGCUUUCUCGGUAGGUUUAAGUUUACUAUAACCAGAUGAUGUUAAAAUUGAUAAGAUUAAAAUUAAGAUUAAGAUUACCAUUCUUCGAUAACAAGAUAAAAUUGAUCGAUGUCUAAGUUUAUUCUCAUAAGGAUGUUUCAUGUAAAAGAGAAUUUUUUUGAUUUAGAUUUCUUGGCAGAUUUAAAGUUGGUGUAACUAGAUGUUUUUAAUUGAUACAUGAUAUUAGAGUUAUUAUUCCUGGAUAACGAGACAAAAUUGAUCCGUGAUAGUUCAUAUCUUCGUAAGGAUGUUUUAUGAUAAAGAAGAGUACUUUUCGAGAUAGAUUUAUUGAUAGGGUUGAAGUUGAACUAAGUAGAAAUUUUAGAAAGAUACAUGUAUGUAGGUUGAAUUAGGUAGAAUUAGCGAGGUAAGCUAACUAUGAUAGUUUCCCAAAAAAUAAUAUCGUUUAGGGAAAUUAAUGAUUAGAAUGUUAAAAAGAUAAAUGUAUGUCCAUUAACGAAAUUAAUUGCGGCAACAUCUCGAAGAGAAACAUAAACCAUUAGCAAAGAUUAAUCGUAGAAACUAACGUAGUUUCUCUAAUGAAAUUAAUGGAUACAGUGUUUUGGAAGCUAUCGCGGAUUAUUUAGUUAGAAUAAUUGAAAACACUAGAGGUAGAAUUCAACGUUUGUGAAACAUUUUUAGCGUCCUACUGAGAAAGAGGAUUCUAAGAGUAAUUGCAAAAAAAGAUCGUAUAUUUUAAAAAGUUUAUUAACCAUUUAAAAAAUAGGAAAGAAAUAUUUUAAUUUUAUUUUCGAUAGCUUCUAAAGUGAAUCACGAACGAUUAAAUGACAUUGUAGAGACAAUAAACAUGAUUAAUUAAGAUGCAUACAGUUAGACAAUGAAAUUAUCUUACGUAUGAUAUUUAAUAAUUCAUAGCUUGAUCGUAUUUUGCUGGAUUGAGAAGAUACUAAUGAUAUUUUUGAUGAACCGAUAGAUACAACACAGAUAGAAUAAUAAUAGGUACAGUGGCAUGACAUAGUGUGUGGUAGGUUUUGCAGCACGAUACCGAGUGUCACGUUAUGAAACAUUGAACAGAAUCUCCUUGAAAACAUCAUUCGACUUGAAAGGCUAAUAUUGCACACUGUCUGAAUAGUAAACAGCAAUUGCACUCGUGACCUGUUUGGUUUUGCAGAAGUUCAAAACGCAGUGUAGAGAUAAAAAAAAGCUGGAUUGGUUAAUACGAACUUUUAAAAUGCAAAACCCUUUAACCUGUUGUUUGGGUGUUUAUUAAUGCAGCUUUUUAUAUUAAUACUAUUUGUUUAAGAAGGUUAUAGAAAGGUAACGAAAGUGUUGGUACGAAGUAGAAAAUAUAAAAUAGCACCAAAUAGAAUUAAUUUAUAUAUAUAAUCUCUGCAUGUAAAAAAUAAUUUAAUAGAAAAUAAGAAGGUAUAGUUGUAAUAUAUACGAAAUAUAAAAUUAAGUACCGAUAUCUAAAAUAUAAAAUGAACUGUCUAUUUCGAAAGAUUCGAAGCAUCUACCGGAAGAAAAUAUAGAAAAUCGUUUCAUGAAAUAGCAACAUAAUGUCUCUGCCAAAGACAGAAAAAUAAUAGUAAUCUAUAAAUUGAAUUAGAAAGAUUUCAAUCUGGAUGGAAUCUUCGAAUCUAAAUGGAAAGGAAAGAAAAACAAAGAUUCGUUAAAUUUUAAGUAUUUAUCAAAAGAGAGUACAACAAUUUAUUUUAGAUAUAAAAUAAUAACACGAUAUAUCUUCGCACAAACGUAAAAUAUUUAAUAGGAUACAGGUUGUCAAAAUGUGAAAGGUCAUAAACUGACAGAUCCAUUUCAAAAUGCAUCUAGAAGAUCCUUUUUCCAUAAAAAUGGAUAAAUUGUGGGAUACAGACAAGUCGAAAUUACAAAAUUAAAGAUCCAUUUCAAAAUCUAUCUAAUGAAGUUCUCAGUAUUAUUUUAUAAAUUAAUAACACGAUAUCUUCCCUUGGAAAAAUGCAAAAAUUAGUAGGAUAUAAGUUGAACUGUUUGAAAUUUAAACUUUAAAUUGCACAAAAAUUUAUAUGUUUAAACAAAGAGGACUGUAGGAGAAGAAAUGACAUGCUCGGUUACAAUCAAAGAAACUUGGCGAGUAUCUAGAAUUUGAUUGUGACAAAUAAUAGGAUCAUUCGAUAAUUGUUAUUGUGAAUUUACCUAGCGGUAGCACAAAGCGAUUAUUUGUCUAGGGGCGCUUUAGUUUCUUUGGCGGAAAUUAUCUUUGCCUGUGACCUCACUGUAAUGCGUUUAUAUCUAAUUGUUUUGCUCGUUGCACCUUCGUUAUGGAACUGUAUCUUGCACAUGGCGUUCAAAUUAAUACACCUUUCCAGAUGACUAUACGCGACUGAAGUAAAUAUUCGUUCUGAAAGUUUUAGGAUCGUUAAUAUUCAAAUGAAAUUCUUCGCUGCUUGUUACUCUUUCUCUUAUUGUUAAUUUAAACAUUAAAAAAUUUCGCCCUCCUCGUCCGAAAAUUUGAAAAAUCUGGACUCAUGGAAAAGAUUAAGUUUUACGUUAAUUGAAGUGUUUGGAGUUUGAAUAUUAAAAAGGAUUAUUAAAGUGGUUAAGGUUAAAAAGUGGGAUAAAAGAUAACGAAAAAAGUGACGACCCUGCACAAAGUAAAAUAUUAAUUAAAUAUAUUUAGAGUUUGACAUCGCGGUAUUACAAUUUUAAUGAAAAUACGAAAAGUAACAAAAAAAAAAAGUAUAUUAAAGAUAUUAAGAAAUAUGAUAAACAAAGACGUACCUUCUUGCGUUUAAGUCGCAGAAUAGGAGUAUAAAUUAAUUUGUGGUUAAAAAGUGUACAUUGGAUUUAUUAAUUAGGGGCUUUUACUUGUGAAUAAUGGUUGAGCAGUUAAUUGAUAAUUAUUAUAAUCUAAAUGAACUUAUUUACGUAAAAUUAGUAUAAUACUUAAAACAAGAAAGUUAAAGUAAGAAUAAAUUAUAGAACUAAAUUGCUUCAUUUAAAUGAAGAAAAAUUAAGAAUUACAAUUUUUAAAAAUAAGUUAUAUGUGUCUUAAAAUAUUUAAAAAAUAUCCUAUUAUACUUUUUAUUAAUAAUAGCAGACAUCAGAAAUCGAGAAUACAACGAUGGUUAGUACUCCAGGGUUAAUGCAAGCAAACAACUAUGAAGAUUAACAAUGCAGAUACGAGAAUAUUAAUGAAAAAUUUAAAUGUUCAAUAUAUUUUAAAAAUUCAAUAAAAGUAAUAAACGAAAUAAAAAUAAUUUCUCGUUAUUAACCUCUGUAUUUGCUGUGUUCCACAUUUAAAACGAUUAAUCUCAAUUUUAUUUUCUCAUAAAUACAGAAACCUAACUGCGUAUUUAUUUAUAAACAUUAUCUUUUAUUUUUACUUAAAAAACGAUUUUAAUAAAAUAAAAGUGUAAUUUAGAAACUAGCGAAAACAAAUUCGAGAGGCAAAAUUGAUGAAAUGUUCGAAGGAUAAAGAUUAAUCUGCAGAAAGGAAUUAUUAUUACAAAAUUUACUAUAAGUCAACGACGACGACGUUAUUUAGAAUUUACAAAGAAGAGCAGGCCAGUCUAUUUUUGAUCUUCGUAAUUAAAAAAAAAAGGACAAACUGGAAAUGUAAUUAGUCAUAUCCGCAUUACGGUGAAUCAUACCAACAUUGAGGAAUAUAUCGUAAUAAUGUUAAUGAUGGACAUAUAAUUAGUUAAAUAUGUAAUGCUUACCAAUGGCACUGAAUGUUUGCUCUUCCAAUACUAACCGUAAGUUCAAUUAAAUGUAUUACCUUUCUUUUUAUUUUUUUUUUUAUACGUGAGGCAAUCCUGACGGACACCUCGCCGCUUUUCUGGGAAGCGGCAGGGUAGUGUCGGACUUACCGACUACAACCGUUGGGUGGCCUACCUAACGCCCAACAGGAGUGCUCCGGGACUGAAUUCAAAUUGCUGCCGGAACACUCCUGCGUCUUCUCCCAUUCUGAGGGAGCCAUUCCUCCAAGUUUGAACAUUGAGAGGGACCACAUCUCUCAACGCUAUCCCCUGGGUCGUCGUUUAAGUCCGAUGUACAAGACCCAGGAACAGACGAUUCCCUCAUAUAGUCAGCGCACUUCGACUUUGGUUCCACUGAUAUUCGGCAGCAAGCUACAUAAGGCGUUGGCUGCUGCGUCACUUUGGAGACCAAGUGCUUGAAGUGCGGCCUGAACGUCCAUUGACUGUCGAUGGUGAGGCCCAGAUAUUUCAUCUGAAGCCGCACCUCGACAUCCUGCCCGUUUAUAUCCAAACACAGGCCGGGCGGAGGAGCCUCCCUACGCCGCCAGUCGUAAAACCAAAUAGCCUCCGACUUGGCUGGGGACACCCUGAGGCCCAGCCUGAAUUAAAUGUAUUACCUAUCUAUUAUUUACCUUAUCUAUCUUUCUAUUAUCUCUUGUUAAAGCUUACUAUGUGUUAAUCAAAUUCAUUAUAUGUAACCGAUAUUUGAUAGAAGCAUGCAUUACUAAUUUUAACUUCGCAGGAUAUCUUAACAAUAAUUAAAUUCUAAGAGAUAAUUCUAAGAGUAACUACUCCUAUGUUGGAUGCAGUUAAUGCGGUCAUUGCAGUAAGAAUAUUUAACAUAAUAGUAAAUUAAGGGUAAAAAAUACGAGUAACUCUGAGUGAAGAGAUUAAGUGAUAAAACGAUAAAAUAGAAUUGAUAGAGUGAUGUUAUAAAUUUCUUCAAAUAAAUUAAAUAAAAAAAGGAAAAAAUAAAGAGAAGCAAAGAAACAUAAGAUAAUAUACGAAAGUCUAUAAGUGUAAGUCUGUAUACUCCUAUCUAUGUUGAAAUAAAGUAGAAAAUAAUUUAAUUUGAUGUAACUCAACCAUAAAAUAAUUGAAGGUAUGUAUACUCUAAAAUGUUCUGUAUCACAUAGCACAUAGUGCAACUGUAAUCAUUAAUUAAAAGAUGAAAUGCACGAAUGGCGUAAUAAUGGUAAUCAUUAUUUUGCACCAUUCCCUUAGAAUCUUUUAAUGUUCCAGGAAUAAUUCAAAUUUUUCCAGCGACAUGAAGUUGCGAACGAAGAACAAAAGCUAAUAGUCAGAUGUUCGAUGUAUAUUUCGGAAACUGCAGUUUCUUUUUUUAAUGAACCUUCAAUGAGAAAUAUUUAUAAUCCAACUUUUUUUUUUUAAUUAUUCAGUGAUAUGUCCGGGCAUUUUGUCGGUCAGUAAGUUCCGUACAAUGAUAAAUCAAGAAGUGAUUGACGAUCGUGUAUCUUGACAUUAUGCAAAAUAGCAGAGAGGCGAGAAGAAUCAAUCAUGGGCAUUUUGCUUGGUUAUACAAGGUUCGUUAACUCACUUGAGUCAUUUGUAAUUUCUGUUACCAUCGUUGGUCUAAAUCUUAAAUUAAAAUCAUAAUUACAAUUUCAACGAUAUAAUUUAAUUAUAAGCAAAUAUACAAAAGAUUAGAAAAAUAGGAAUAAAAAUGUAUAGGAAAAAGUAAAACAAAAUUUCAACUGGCUUAAUGUAAGAAAAUUAUUUAACACUUUUAUAGACUUUAGAAUUUUAAUCAACCUAUUCUUCAGAAACGCUAAUAAUUUGAUCAUCCAAGGAUAAUAAUUUAAUUUAACGCCCCCCGUAAAAGAAAGUUAUAUUUCACACGGUACAAACAGAAUUUUUUAACAAGGUCCUAUGUCAAGAAAAGUGCGUUAAACCAUUACCCGCUGUACAAGCAUAUUUACCAGAGGGUUUUCUACGAUUCUGCGUGGAUCGCGUGGCUCUGAAAGAUUGGUCCCCGAUACUGAAAAGCAUCGCCGAGAGCCGAAAUCUGUCGAAAAUCAAUAUCUAUAGCCGAAGUCGUUGCAAACGAGUACGUGAGAAAGUGAAUACGGAGGAGAAGCUUGAGAAAUUAUGGUAUCUACCGUAUAAUUCUGAACGUCAUGUCAGACAAAUUUAACCGAACUUUGUAAGAAAUGUAAAACUGGCGGUCACGAAUCAUACUUAAACAAAGUAAAAGUGGUAUUACGUAAAGACAGAUUGCUACUACGAAAAGAUGUAAAAUUAUCGUGUGAAAAAUAACGAAUAGUCCUAGAGGCUCGAAUAUUUCGAAGUUUAAUUAAGGUACUUUAUCUAAAUAUUUUGCAAUCAAAUAUUUUAUGCCAAUUAAAUUUAUGGAAAUGUUCGAUUUCGUUGUAUCCCCAAGCUUAAAUAUCCCAAGGUACUUCAUCUAUAUAUCUUGCAAUUAAACAUUUUAUGAGAAUUAAAUUUAGAGAAAUGUCUGAUUUCGUUGCAUCUCCAAGCUUAAACUUCCUAAGCUUUGCUCUAACAUCACAGUGUUAUCUUUCUAUGUAGCACAAGUGCUCUGAAAUGUUUCUGUUCUUCGUGUCCCAAAAUUCAAUUACUAAAACGCUAAAUUUUCAAGUGUUGAAUUCUUCAAUUUCUGUAUUAUCAAAACGUCGAGCAUAAAUGUUCUGAAACUUUUCAAUUCCAAUUCAUCUUAUCUCAGAAAUGAUUAAUAAAAUAAUUAAAAAAUUCCAAUUCAGAAAUUCUUCAAUUUUUAUAUUACUACAAUAAAAAUUGAACAUAACUGAGAGUUUUCAAAUUAUUCAAUUGCAAACCUCUUUAUCUCCAGACUAAUUACGAAAACAAUACAAAAUUUCCAAUUCAUAAAUUCUUCAAUUUCCACAUUAUCAAAUUCUUAAGCUUACCAAAGAAUCAAAUUAUAUUACUAUAGAAAUAAAAACAGGAUCUACAUUGAAUUUUGUCUAUGCUUAAGAUUGAAAUUUCUAUGCUUGAAGGAUGAAUAUUUAAUGCAGAACUAGCACGAAAUUAUUUUCGAGAAAUAUAUUUUCUUUGCGGAUACUACUCCCAGAAAGUUUAAGCUUGCAGGUCUGCAUCUCCUGGACUGAAUGGAAAGAGAGAAAAGAGAGAUUUAAACGAAAAGGGAACGAUCUAAAGGAAUGUGGAACCAGAGGAGGGACAAAAUGAAGGCCAGAGAAAGACAGGAGGAGAGGGAUAAACGAAGGAAAAGGCCAGAAUCUCCCAAUAUGAAUAAUAUAGAGAAAGUUAGAAUAUAAACAAAAAAGAAAGACGUUGAUACCCUAGACUGGCAUUUGAUGACACGUCCAGGCGAUGCAAGGGAAAGGAUGGAGCAAGGCCAGUCAUCUACACCAACUUCCUGUUGCGCUGUCUCGUCGACUCCAUCGCUGUAUGCGCCAGGGAUUCUUCCGCCAUCACCUCCAUCACUCUCGAUGGAAUUCCGUUAUCGCUGAAGUACCUCAACAUCCUCUGUUGCGGUUUGAAGAACAAUGAAAAGCUAAUUAAUCUAUCUCUGACGAAGUGUCAUAUAGGAGACGUCGGUUGUGAUUUGUUGUUGGGCUGUUUGAGGAACAAUCCAAAAUUGUGUGCAUUAAAUUUAUCGUCCUGCCGGCUAUCGAACAGAAGUGCCAUGUGUCUGUCGCUGUUCUUGAAGAGAAGGAAGGCUGAUCUGUUGCAGAAUGUUUGGGAACAGUCCUCUGUGCAAUCUCCGGAAGAAAAUUCUGACAAGAAGCCCCAGGGAUUGCACACGUUGAUUCUGAACCAAAAUCCAAAAAUCGGGGACACUGGCGUGAGGCAGUUAGUUUAUGCGUUAAAAAGCGACGUCUGGCUGAGAUCGCUGAGUCUGAGGCACUGUGGGAUCAGUAAACACGGAGCAGAGACGAUGAUCCGUCUCUUACAAACCAACAGUAGAAUUACGAAACUAGAUCUCACUGAAAAUCACAUACCUAUUAACACCUUACAAAUGAUACUGAGGAUUUUGAAGAGAAGGCGAGAGAUGACUGAAAGUAUAACGUCGAAGAAAAGAUUUCGUAUAGAUAUGAGACGAGACUUGAUAAAGAAUGGAAUUCAUGAACUUAUAAAACAACGUAGAAGAAGUUUACGAAAUAGAACAGAGAGGCUCAACAAAUAUUCAACGCAGAAACAUCAUUGGAAGAAGAUCCAUAGGUUCGAGAUAAAACUGAAACAGUCGAAGGAAAUAGAAGUUCCGAAAGAGGAUCAAAGUCGAAGGAAGAAACUUGGAGAUUUGGAAUCGCAGUUAUGGAGUCUAGUCGAGUCGAAUUUUAAAUUGAAGGAGGAACUUUCGAGCAAUAAAGCGUUGCUGGAUACAGAAGCGCAACAAAGAUCAAAAAUGGAGGACGAGUUGCAAAAAGUGUCGCUUCGGUUAAACGACCUUAAAAACAAAGUCGUUAUGCUAGAUUGUGUUUCAUCGAAUGCUUGUAACGAAAGUCGUUUAUUGAAGGGACUGAAGUACAUUUUUGACAAAUUGGAAUCAUUUUCGACAGCGAGGCAAAAGGAUAUGAACGAGGAAGUUCUUUUGAAUCCUGUGGAGCCAUUAUGGUCAUCGCCAUUGACACAACAAAUGGAGAAUAGUUUCGUGAAUUGCUUGCAACAGACUAAUGUAGCUUUGUUUCCUGUUGAAAAUAUCAUGAUGUGAAUUUCAGACGAUGAUUUUUGAAGAUAUAUAUAAAUAACAUACAAAUUACUUUUAUGAGGUCUAUUUUAAUAAAAGAAACGUUUUGUAUCAUUUUGAAUUGUAUUUUUACGGUGGUAUUAUAAGAAUAAAUGUUUGGUAAAGAGAA